AGGUUUGAAUGCACCAUGGCAUUGAGAACAGCUUUAUCACGCCUGCUGGUGAACUCACAGAGAUGUUCUCUGAUCUCUGUGUCAAGGGCCCAGGGCACUUCAGCAUCUGCAGCAUAUGAGACAGAGGAGCAAGCGAAAAAAGCAGCAAAAACACCUAAGGUGCAGUUUAACUGGCGUGAUGCGUUGGAUCUGGAAGGACAGCUCACAGAGGAGGAGAUCAUGAUCAGAGACAGUUUCCGCACAUACUGCCAGGAGAAGCUCAUGCCCCGUAUCCUCAUGGCCAACAGGAAUGAACGUAAGUAGAACAACUAGUCACAUCUGAUGUAUUAG